GUUUGUGUUCUUCCUGGACCCGUGCAACAUCGAUAUUGUGCAGCGGAAGAUCAAGUCCAUGGCUUUGUGUGUGUCCCAGUGCCCUGACAUUGAGCUGAAGACAUAUGGAGACAUCAAGAGAUUUGCCAUAAAUAAUGGGUCCGAACUCUGCUCCUAUGACCUCCCUCCACCACGGUACCCCGGCCAUCCGGAGAGGUCUACGAAAUGCCCUAAAUUGCCGGUGUUACCAAGCAAGCCCCUCCCACUCUUCAACCGCUGCACCCCGGUGAACAUCUCCUGCUACACGCGCUUCGCCGAGGCCGUCGUCACCUUCGUCAGCGACAAUAGCAUGCUGCACAGCCUGGUGGCCGGAGUGGUGGCCAGCAAGGAGGUCAUCCUGGGCCUGUGUGUGCUGGCACUAGUGCUCUCCAUGGUCCUGAUGGUCAUCAUUCGCUACAUCUCCGCCGUGCUCGUCUGGAUCCUCACUGCCCUCGUGGUCCUCGGCUCCCUGGGUGGCACUAGCGUCCUCUGGUGGCUGUACAUUGACAACCGGAAGAUGGCGAACGCGACCAUAGCCGCCACGGCUGCCGCUAGCAACAAGGAGGAACCACGGGACAACGUCCAGGCUCUGCUGAUCUAUGCCGUCGCCGCCACGGUGUUCACGGUGAUUCUACUACUGCUGAUGCUUUUCAUGAGGAAGCGCGUGGCCCUCACCAUCGCCCUGUUCCACGUGGCUGGGAAGGUGUUCAUCCACCUGCCCUUGCUGGUCUUCCAGCCCUUCUGGACUUUUCUGGCUCUUCUGUUCUUCUGGAUGUACUGGGUCAUGGUGCUCCUCUUCCUUGGCACUGCUGGGAACCCAAUACAGAACGAGGAGACGGGCCUGGUUGAGUUUUGGCUGACCGGGCCACUGCAGUACAUGGCCUGGUAUCAUGCUGUGGGCCUCAUUUGGAUCAGCGAGUUCAUCCUUGCCUGCCAGCAGAUGACUGUGGCCGGGGCAGUGGUCACAUACUACUUUACAAGGUGGGACGGCUCAGACAUGCAAGGGCGUAGGCUGUGCUCUCAACGUCUCCGGUGUGUUUUGUUCAAUGCUAAUGCUAAUAGCUUCCUCUGUGCCCUUCAUGGUCAUGGCUUGGGGACACGUUGACGGUUUAUGCUAAUGGUCACUGACAGAAUAACUUGGGAAUCUCGUCUCAAAUCUUGCUGCCUGCUGAGAGGGUUGAGUCAUUGUCGAACUGCAGAGAAUGCUUUACUUUGGUGGGCGAUACAAAACUCCUAAUUUGGGGAUGGUUUACACAUGGGUGAGUGUAAUAAAGUCUGUGUGUGUGUGUGUGUGUGUGUGUGUGUGUGUGUGUGUGUGUAUAUAUAUAUAUAUAUAUAUCUGUAAACAUCCUAAAUCAAAAUCGGCUCAU